AUAUCUUUGUUUGUACGUUGGCAGUACUGACGACAUCAAAACAAGUAGUUUGGAGUACAGCUUUGUUUGAGACAUGGGAGUAACGCUUUGUGAGGUGUGAUGAGAGUCAGUGAUGUCCGUUGUCAGGGUAUACCAUUUGCUGUUCAAGUGAAAAUAGUAUAAAAAUUAACGUGGAAAUGGAAGCGGAAUACCAAGCAAAGUUGAGCCCAACGAAGACAGUGUCAGCUGCACAUAAUGAUAACGAAGAUCCGUAUCCCAGUUUAUCAGAUUACCAUGAUUAUGAACCAAAUUUGGAAUUUGAUGACACUGAAUUGCAGCAUGCAACAGUCACAAGUGAUUUGGAGGAGAAGGUUGAAGCAACAGGAUUGGAUUACUUGGAAUCUCCUGUCUCUGAUGGAACGAUAGAAGAAAAUUUUGAAGAGGAACUUGUAAAUGCCCCUGUCAUUUCAACAGGUGUUGAUAGCCUGUCUUACCAUUUUCCUGAAGAUGACGGAGAAGAGGAUGAUUUCAGUGAUGUUGCAAAUUAUGGAAUUGUCGAAGUUGCUGGGGAUGACACCUAUGGAAGAAAAGUGAUUGUUGUGUCUGCUUGCAAACUACCAUCAAAUAAGGAGAUUAAUCAUGAUCGUCUGUUAAGGUACCUAAUGUAUACAUUGGAUAAAUAUGUUGAGCAAGAUUACAGUCUUGUUUAUUUCCACUAUGGACUGACAAGUAAAAAUAAACCAUCACUGUCAUGGCUAUGGCAAGCGUAUAAGGCCUUUGAUCGGAAAUACAAGAAGAAUGUUAAGGCUCUGUAUCUAGUCCAUCCAACAAAUUUCAUCAGAGUAAUAUGGCAGAUAUUUCGUGCUGCUAUAAGUGUGAAGUUUGGCAGGAAAGUGAUGUAUGUCAAUUACUUACAUGAACUUAGUCAGCAUCUCCAUCUGGAUCAGAUAUGCAUCCCACAGGCUGUUUUAGACCAUGAUCAGCGAUUGCUUCAGAAAAACAGCCGAUCAAAUGUACCACAGCAACCACAAGAGCAGCAACAGACACAACAAGAAAACAGUGGAAAUACCAGUGUGCCCCUUGAAACCCAACAGUUUGGUGUUUCUCUACAGUUCAUAAAAGAUCACAAUAAUGCUGAUCCUAUACCACCUGUAAUGCGCCAGUGUGUAGAAUUCCUUAGUCAGCCAGAUGCAUUGGAGACUGAAGGAUUAUUCCGUAGAUCAUCAAGAAUCACUCAAGUUAAAGAAGUCCAGAAACGGUUCAACCAAGGCCUUCCAGUAGAUUUUCAGGGUGACGUUCAUCUUGCGGCUGUUAUACUUAAAACAUUUCUCAGAGAGCUGGAGGAACCAUUGAUGACAUUUGAUCUGUAUGAUGAAAUCACACAGUUUCAGUGUAUAGCUAAGGAAGAAAGGCCACGCUAUGUAAAAAUUCUUAUAUUAGAGAAACUUCCGGAGGAUAAUUACCAAAUACUCAAAUAUCUUGUACAGUUCCUUUCAAAGGUUAUGGACAGAUGUGAUCUGAAUAAAAUGACAUCUUCAAAUUUAGCUGUUGUAUUCGGCCCAAACCUAGUAUGGGCUCAGACAGGACAGUUCUCACUCUCUGCCAUUGGGCCUAUCAAUAUGUUCACUGACUUUGUUCUCACAAACCAUGAACAAAUAUUCAUUAUUUAAUUACAAACUGAAGUAGAGUAUGUGCUCUUCCAUCAGUCUGAAUCAUAUAAUAUUUUUGAAAAAGAGAUUGUCAUCAUCUUAUCAAAGCUCAGGCUGGGUGUGAACUAAUAAUAGCUGGAUCAUAUUUUGUCUUACAUUAAAAGCCCCCAGCAAUAUUUUCUCACAGCUCAGUGAACACUUUUUUCUGUGAGACUAUAAAAGGUCAACUGAAUAUUUUGAGCAAGCACAAAUCAUGCUAUGGUAUUGUAAUGUAAAGAGGCAUUUUAGCAAAAAUGUUUUCUAUGUUUCAUGAGAAAGUGAAAAAUGUACAUGAACAUUUUAGCAAAAAAAAGUUUUGUAUAUUUUGGGGUAGUUGAAAGCAACAUGAAAUACCAAAGAAAUGAGGCAGUUUAGCAGCAUAACUUUGUGCUUUGCUAAAUUGAGAUAGGAAGAUUUUAUAUUAAAAAGAACUGAAAGUAGUACAGGCAAAAAGAAUUGUAACUUAAUAUUUGUAAAUAUUGUGAAAGAUAUUAUAUGUUCAUUUAUUUAACAGUAGACCUCUUGUGGUAGCCAGCACUGCAAAGCUAAUUACAUUAUGUACAAACUCGAACAAAAAGUGAGGAGGACAUAUAUUAACUGGUUGUCAUUUGGCCAGACUAUUGUUUGUAUCAGUGUGAUUCAAGGCGGAGAAUACUUAACUCUAGUCAUUAGCUGUGUUCAAUGUAUAUGUUGAAUCAGAUAAAUAAUGGUCUCAUGCUUGUUAUUCCAACCUAUGUUCAACGAAUUAUUUCCUUUUUGGGAAUAUAUGUUAAUCUGAAGGAAACUCCUUUUAACAUUUUGAUUCAAAAGUGUUGUUCUUGAUAAUUUCUUGUCGUAAGUUUUUGUUAGAUUUUCAAAUGCAUAAUUGAAGGUAUACAUUUACUUAUACAUGAAUGCUAUUUCUCAUGGUUUGGCAUGUAAAUUUGGUACAUGCCCCCCAUCUUGUUAUCCAUAUAGUGUUUUGUCAUAUGUAAGUUUUCUAAUUCCCUACUUACAAUAAUUCUGCUACUUAAGAGGAUUAAGAUGAAACUUUUAUGAAUUUUGAACAUUUUGUUCAAUAUGAAGAAUAAUAUCGGUGCCACCACAUAGUGUGGUCUGUGAAUUAAUCAUUUGGGAUAUAACUUAAUUUGAACAUUAUUCACACUCCAGUUAUGUGUGAUUUGUAAUUCCACUUUGAUAUUGGUACAGGCUCAAACUAGCAACAAAAAUUUAACUCUUGUAGCAGGCAUAAUUAUUAACGUAAUUUUUAAAUAUUUGUCUGUUUUAUAUAUGCUAUUGAAUAAUGCAACACUGAAAUUGUAUUUUUGUAUUGCAUAGUGAGAUAAAAACAAUAAGAAUUUAUCAUCACUGAAAGAAAAGUAGGCCUAUCUCUUAAAAAUCAGUGUCUGUUCAUGAAAUUGUCAGUGACAGAUGUACUGUAAGAUUUUUUUCAGUAUAAGUAGUAAAUGCAGUGCAUGAACGUUACUUGUCUUGCAUAUAAAUUAUUUGUAUUACGUUUAUAAAUUAGUUUAAUACGCACAUUUAAUAUGUAAACAGCAGCAGUUCAUUUCUUCUUGUUCCUUUCUUUUUCUUUUUGCUUUUGCAGGAAGAAGAAAUAAGCCUUUCAGACACUGCAAUUGUGUUAAUUACUGUAGAGUAAUUAAUAUUGUCAAUAUUCACUGCUAAAGUGGUCAUAACUUAGUCAAUAUUAUUAUUUCUUGAACAUUCAUUAAGUGAUCUGAUAUAUAAUAAUAUAUUUUUAUACUUAAGUUUCUUUGACCAUUUUGUUUUAAUUUUUUACAGAGAAAAAAAUGUUUUAUAUACUAUAUUGAAUUGUAUUUAUCUUAACUUACCUGUAACACAGAGACCUUGCCUUGAAGGUUAUGGAAUGGACAGAGCAUUCGUUUUGUGUAUUGUUUAAUAGAGAGCUUGUCAGAAACCACAUUUCACUCAGGGAGGAGAGAUUUUAAGAAGGCUUUCAUAGGUACGGACUGUUUGGAAUAAUGAGAGAUUCAAAUUCCUUAUCUAUGUAUGACAUGGAGGGAGUUUCCUUGAGGCAACUAAUAUUCUGCUUCCAGUCUCAAUGAGAUUGUUAAAUUGAGCAUGUUGGGGUGGCGGCAGUAGCACUAAUAGUAGUGAAUGAGUGAAAAGCAAGUGAUCCAACUCAGUGCAUAUUGUCAUUUGUAUGAAAAUUCUCAUACAGAGUCUGAUAUUUUGAUUGUUUGGCUUUUUUAAAUUUGUAUGUCUGUAACAUCUCAGCACAAGUUAUAGUCUUUGUGUCUGCAAAUUUGUCUAUCAACCCUGCUCUAAUUGUAGAGGUUUCAGCAGCUGAUUAGUAGGCAAUCUGGUUCUGCCACAAAUUACAUUUUGAUGUUUUAUUUAUGCAGUAAAUAAUCACACAAGACGGUAUUACAUCCCAAUGGUCUUUAUCCACAAGAUUAUUUACCAGUACUGGUAUACUUAUUAGGCAAGGCAAUACAACUCUCAUACAUUCUGGUCAGGAUAUUAUUCCCAUUUGUUCUGUAGUUGUACAGUAUGCCAUUAGAUUGUAAAGUGAGGUUAAAACUGUUUUUAUCGAUAUUUUUUUAAUAGCGCUGAUGGUUUUCAUCCGUGACUUGCCUUCUGUUGCGAGAAAUUGAGAGAAGCUAACUAAAAGGUACUCUCUUAUGGCAUUUUUUUUCUCUGGGUAGAAAUUGCCUUUACAACAGUUGUCUUCAUGCAGAACCAAAAUACAGCUUAUAUAACAUUUUUGUAUCUUGGUAAUCUUGUCAGUAAAACUUGGUUUCAUAUCUUUAUUUCUGUUCUUAGCUGUGUCACAAUUGCACUGCUAUAAACCGUCAGAGUAAGGACUUUUGGUCAAUAUAUUUUAUUACACAAUCAGUGCAAGAGAGGAAUCAAAAAAUAAUUUUCGUGAAGCAAUUCAGAGUUAGUAAGAUUUCUGUUGUUAUAUCAUGCAGAAAAACAUAAGUUAACAUUUUAAUUUACAGCUUUUAGUUAUGAGACUCGUGUUGCUGCAGCCCUGGUAUUGUAAUUUUUUAGUUGGUAAACCGCACACAAAGUAUAAAUCAUUAAUGGUUACUUGCAAUUACAGUGUGAUUGAAAUGGAACAUUUAUGACAGUUGUGACUGUGAAAUUUAAUUAAAGUAGUAGAUACACUGGUAUUUUGAAAAUACAGCUUUGUGGGGAGCACCAUCUGUGUUAAUUCUCAUCAUAUUGGAAGGAAACAAGUAUAAACAUUUUCAGAAUUAAAAUAAUAUGCAAGUAAUUCACUUUUGAAAACUAUAAAAUCACAGAGAGACAAGAAUUACUUGCUAGAACUUACUGCUUGCAGCUAAGAAGAAUGCACACAACAGGACUGUUGCAUGAUAUAAGCUACAGCAGAAUAUUUGCACCACUCUAAAAAUUUCUUGUUCUGGUUCUUGUUCUUAGUCUUCUUCUGCUGCUUACUACAAUAUUCUCUCUCUCUCUCUCUCUCUCUCUCUCUCUGCAUUCGCAAUUCGCACGUGUGUGUAUGUGUCAGUCAUUCCAUGAUUGUCAUCCCUUUUGUUGGGUAGUCAUCCGGACAGUCGUUUCCCUUGCGAUCAUCCAUAUUUACAAAUUUUAUCAAAUUGUAGAAUCCACAUGGUUCUUCAAAUUCUUUUCCUUGUCAUCAUUCAUUUAUUUAUAUCUUGUAUUUCAUACUGUUCCCUUACUUAUACACUUGUUAUCUUGUCCCAUAUGGUUACUCCUUAGACCUACCUCAUUACCUUCAUUUCCAGUGCCAUUAAUUUUUGUUUGAUCUUUAUCACUUCUGCUCCAUAUGCCAUAACAGGAUGCACCAAUGUUUUAUAGACUUUUCUUUUCACCUCAGCUGUCAUAAAUCUGUUUCCCCAUACAGUAUUUUUCAGGUAUCUGGCUGCCUUUAUUCCCCAUGUCACCUCGUUUUUCAGUUCAAUAAUUACACAUUGUGUCAACAGUCCCUGGAUAAGUAAGCCUCAUUCCUUUUUCAGUUCACUACCAUCUUCUUCGAAUUUAUAUCUUGCAGGUGUUUUUGAUAUUACCAUACUUUUUUUUUUUAAUGCUUAUCUGUUUUAUUGAAUUGGUGAAGUAACCUUUGUAAAUUAUCCUCAUUAUUUGCUAUCACUACAGUGUCAUCAGCCUAACACAUAAUAUUUACUACUUUAUUUCCUAUUUUAUAUCUUGGUGUGUUUCAUAAGGCACUGAUGUUUUUGUCCAUCAUUAAAUUGAACUCCCCAUGUCUAAUUCGUUAAGCUUUUAUAAUUUCAUCUGAGAAUAUUUUGUCUUUUAAUUCUCAUUUUAUUACCAGUAUAUAUAUCUUCUAGGAUUUCACUAAAUCCAUUGGCACUCUUGUCGAUUCAGGUAUGAAUUAUUUCAUUUUCUCUGUACCUAUCAAUAAACUUUUGAUAAGUCAAUGAAACACAGUUAGCCUGGGUUAUUAGACUUUGUGGAUUUCUCCACAAUAUUUCUUGCUGUUUUUAUGUCAUUCUGUAUUCUACCUCUAAUUUCUUAUGUUAAUGGCUUUAAGGUAGUUUCAAGCAGGGUAAUUCCCUGAUAAUUAUCUAAUACUUGUUUAUCUCCUUUUUGUUAUAUGCUGGAAUUUUAAAACUUUUUUUCCAUUCUCUUGAUAUCCCACUUACCUUCACAAUACUGGUAUGUAAUGUACGAAGCUAAUGAUAAAAUACUUGUGCCCCCCAGCCCCCAUAUUUUAUUAAUUCAUUAUGUGCCAUGUGGCCUUGAAGAUUUCCUGUUUUUAAGUAUUUUUAUUGCCGUGCGUAUUUCCUCCAAUGGGAAGUCUCGAUUGUCGUUUUCAGUGCUUAGGUGUCUAGUCUCAAUUUCUACAUUUUUUAUGUCCUUAUACUGUAAUUUGAAAGAAUAUUCCCUCUGAAUUUUGCUUACAUUCUGUAUCUUAAUAUGUUCAUCAAUAUCCUCCUUUUGCUGAUGGAGCAUCCAACAUACUUUCUUCUGUGUUCCAAAACUGUCAUUUACCUGUUGAAUAUCUAAUUUAACCUAAUUAAGAAUGAGCUUAUACUCCGUAGAAUUGUCUUGACUUUGCCAGGCUUCAUAUUUUAGAAUGCUUUCUUCUUCUGGAUAGUUAAUUCUUUAACAGCUUGAUUAAACCAUGGUGUUCUGUACGUAGUACUGCUCCAUAGCUCAUUCACUCUUUACAUAUCCAAAGAUUCUCUUACUGCCUCCUAUAUAUUUGAUCUAAGAGUAGUCCAUCUAGUUUCUACAUCUUGUCCUUUUAAACACGGGUUAUUAAUGAUUUUCUCCUUUAAUCUAUUUUGAUAUUAAUCAUAGUAAACUCAUCCUCUAUGAAUUCUGUUUUAACCCUUUCUUCAGUAGGCAUCUUAAUCUUUUCGUUUUUCACUCUGAGUUUCAGCUUCAGUUUACUCGUCAGCAGCACAUGGUCUGAUCCUAUGUUGGCUGAUGGUAAUGUACUCACAUCUAAUAUUUGACUUGGAUAAAUGGCUCUGUUGGUUAUGAUGCAAUGAAUAACCAAGCACUGACAUAUUAUAUUACUCCUCGUGUAUUUAUGUUGUGCCUUGUGGUCAAAGUUCUAAAAAUAUGGUUAAUGUAAUUGCAUAAACAUUGUGUGGGCGACUUGCUUAUGUACAAGCAAUGUAAAUAUGUUAAAGCAUUACAGCUUUUAAUAAUAAGUUGAUUUCUUCAUUUGUGUGACCUUUGUGUCAGUAAUUGCUAUGUGAAUAAUGUAUUCAGUUGGUAGUGUGCAUGCAACUGUUACAAAGUGCUUUUUUUUAUUAUGGCGCACACACACAUCAUCUUAUUCAAUUAAAACCUUGUGAAUGGCUGGAUUUUCUAGUGUUUCUUGCUCACAAUCAGGGUUUGAUGCCCGUAUGCUCAUUAGUAAAAAAAAUUUAUUUUCGGCACUGAUGCUGCAAUAAAUUAAAAAAAAAGGGUGGGGGAAGCAAGAAACAUAGCCUUUUGUAAGAAAUAAAUGAAAAAUAGAAUGCCAUAGCUGAUAUGUUUUAUGUGUACAAGACGUAACAUGAAUGGUGACAAAACAACACAAUUUGAAUAGUCUCGGAAACUAUAUAGUAUUUUAAUUUUUGUGGAUUUUAGUUGCUGGUUCUUCAGGAAGCAACUUGGUUGAUUUCUCCAGUCAUUAUUACUGCAGUCCAGUUGUUGAGUGAAAUCAAAAUUGGAAGAGUUUCUGCUGUCGUCAUUGUUGGUCCACCAUCUCAAACUUGUGACAGUAUCAUCUAUGGUCUGUCCUAAUUACCUGUCUUUUUUUUCCAAAACAUAUCUUUGUUUUAAUUAUGUAUUCAUCAAAUUUCUCCAAGUUGCUGCAGUCACGGAUGCAAUUGCAUUCUUGUAGCUAAUCUAGAGAAAUGUCUCCUGUUGUAUUCUGCUCCAAGACAUGUUUUUUAAUUUACAGUCGGGCCAUUUCAGUGGCAUGUACAUCAUACAUGUAGAGUUAACCAGAGUACUGUAUACCCAUGAUUCUUCAUUGAUGUAUCAAACCAAUACAGUUUUUUCAGGACUUUUAAACUAAUUCAAAGAGUUCAAACUUCAUUUUCUCGUGUUGUGGUAAAUUGUUAUUUUGCUGCCAAUUAACCAUACUGAUUUUAACAGCAAAUUGUGAGAGUACUUCGUUUUAUUGCACACUAUGAUAAGGAGCCUUAUCAGUAGUUAUAACAUUAGCUUUUGGUAGAUAGAGAAGCAAUUAUUUCUGCACCCACUUCUCAGAUUUUGUAGCAUUCAUUUGCCCUUGAUAAUCUGACUGACUUUUCUGGCUUUAAAAAUCAUUUCUGAUCCUGAAAACUUGCAUGAACAAGUGCGAGUCUGUUUGAUGACCUGGCAUUUGUUGUAACACCUGUAAUAUUUUCUCUCUGCCAGCAUUUACUAAAUGUAUUUUUUGUCCACCAAGAUUCAUUUAAAUAGAUAAUGUUUCGGUCCUGAGAAUGGAAAGUUCAGAUGCUCCAAACCUCAUUGUGUGUGACAGUCUAUUUAAUGUGUCUAUGGACCAUGCAAAUUCUGUUCUUUUAUGGAUUGCUGUGGAGGGCUAUGGAUGCAGCAGGGACUCUUCUCCAUUAAGAAGAAAUGUCUUACAGUGUAUUGCAUUACACCCCAAUUUAAAUAAUCACAGAUCUCGGACACUUUUUCCCAGGAAUACCAAGAGAAAAUUCAACAACAGAAAUACAAUCUUUUUAAAUUUUUGUAAAAGUUCUUAGAGGUAUGCCAGUAUAGUUGGCAGCUCACAGAUUACUUUGUUUCACCACAUAUAUAAAAUUUGCUGCUCUAGCUUGCUGAUAUUAUUAUUUUAUAAUAUUUCUUAUUAUUCUCUGUCCUCACCACACCUCCCUGCACACACAAAACAUUGUAGAGGCAAAAGUAGUCGUCUCAGUUACUAUCAGUUCAGUAGUCAAUGAAGCACACACGGAAAAUGAUUACAAAACAAAACAGCAAAGCAAUAAAGAUAUAAAUAACUAGAAAAAAUAAUGCACUAAUGAAAGACAAUAGGAGUGAUAACACUUAUGAAUAACUAAACACGCCAAAGCAAGGCAACAUAUGUCAGACAACCAACACCACUGACUACUUGCAACCAUUGGGCAAGGACAAGGAGUAUCUCCCCAAUCCUCCCACCCACCCACCCCUCACAUGCAUGCUCCUCAGUUGCAUACUGUAGCAUCAGGAGGCAAAGUUAAAGUACUGCUAAUACAUACAUUUAAAAGUGAAAACACAAAUCCUAGCUUUCAGAACUAUUAGUUCCUUUUUACGGAGGGGAGAGAAGGGUUUGUUGGGGAAAGAAAGGAGUGACUGGUCAGUCAAACCCUCUAAGUUGAGAGGGCCUUGCCUGUCGAAAAGGCAAACACAAACCUUCACUUCUCCAUGGGAAAGGCACUAAUAGUUACAAAAGUGAGGAUUAGAGUUUUUACUUUUAAAUGUCUAUCGCCAGCUCUUGAUCCUUACUUCCUCGAGGUAAAAAUUGCGGGCAGGCUGUAUUGAGCUUGUCCCACAAAAAAUAACAAAGAAGGUUUAAAUGUAUGGCUUCACUUUAAAAUAUUUUGUGUUUCUAAUAAUAACUUGAAAAUGCUGAAAAUUGUUAUGUAGGGAAUAUAUUCAACCACGCAUCUCACAACUAAUGCCAAAGAUUCAAAUUUUAUCCAUUUGCAAAGAAUCUGACAGAAGAGAAUUUUCGGAGAUGCUGAAGAGUGACAGCUUGAUAAGAACUUUACAGUGCCCCAUAACAGCCACAUCAACUUCUAAUUUGUUCUGAACAUGUUAACUGAUCAAUUUUCCAUGUGCAGUAAUGUGAUGAGGUGUCAUGUACAUAAGUCAUCAGUUGAGAGAUUCUGUCUAUGCUUGGCAGUUAGCCUUCAUUUUGCUCUUGUACUGCUGACAGGUACUGAGUCUUUGUAAUAUCAUAACUUCUUAUGCUGACUUGUUUCCAUCAGAUAAAGUGUAACUUCUGUGAUAGUAUCAAUAAAUGAUAGGAGUAACUUAAGUUGAAGAAUGGUUUAUUCGUGUCCCAAAAAUUACACAGUUUUAUGGGUGUGGCAAUUCUUUAUUCACCAAAUAGUGUUAAUUCAUUGUAGGCCUUACUGAUUCAAAGAUGAUAAAUUCUAGGAAAUAAUACAUAACCAAAUAUGAGAAUUCGCUGCAAAAAUUCAUAGGCGUAAUCCUUUGUAGUUGUUAUUGAAAAAUACACAUCAAAAGAUAUCAGUCUGAGUGUUGGUGAACUAAGGAAAUCCACUUUGGAUGGAUUGAGGUGGAGGUAUAUAAUUCAUGUAAUGAAUCAUUCUUGAUUUAGUGGAAGAGUACCUAGAGGGGUAAAUGCAAAUACUGUUCUCAUCCCAGUUCAAACAGUGAUGUGGUGCUCCUACAUAAAAGAACAGGUUCAACCUGCAUCGGUGUCAAAUGAAACAAGUGUACUGUUGUAAUAGUCAACAUUUAGUAAUUUCAUGGUGUGUUUCAGAGGUUUAAAUUGCCAUCAUUAGGUAGAUAAGUGUGGCAUAUACUUGUUGUGUUGGGACUUAGGAUAAUCUGUGGCAAAAAUAGUGCCAGUGCCCGUAAAUAUGUUUCAUUGAAUUUUAUAGUAGUUACAGUACAACCUUGGAGAAACGUUAGCAUUUAAGCUGUAAGGAAGUCUUUAGUAUGGGAGCAGUAUUUACAAUUGAGUAGAUAAGUUCUAGUUGUAGACAAUGGGUUUUUGACUUUGGUAACAAACACUUCCUACGUCAAUAGCUAACCUCCCCUCUGCCAACACUUAGACAUAACUUUUGUUGGGAAUUUCACUUAUAUUUAUUUAAGGGUUGGCCAGAUUUUGCAUCUUUAAACUUUGUUCACAUGCCGUUUGUGACAAACUGUAAGUAGGUUAGAAGAUGAAUUUAAAUAGUGUUGGCUUUUGACAGCUAUUCCUUUAAUUGUAUAAUUGUUCACUUGUUGAAUAAUAAAUUGUGCCUUUGUUACUUUGACUGUUGUAAUUGAGAUGCUGUGUUCCUUAAAACAAACAAAAACUUAUAUGUAUUAUCACUGGAUAGAUCUUCAUUUGUAGUUUUCAUAAAGCAUCAGUUCUGGGGGAGGGGAGGAAGGGGGCUGAAGGAUUAAAACAAAGCUCUUUUUUAAAAAUCCUGUGAUAAAUGUUGCUUGUUUUCAGCAUUCCUUGUAGAGAUUUUAUACCAUCAGUUACUACUACACUAUUCAGAUGGUAAGUUAGUGAAAGUCAGUUGCACUCUAGCCAUAGGAAUUAGAGGGCCAGGGGUCAGCAGCAAAUUUGAAUUGUCCAGAUGGAGCUCAUCAUUUGGGUGUUCAACGCCAUAUCUCCAUACCCAGCUAUACCUGACCACAUAUACAUAUAAAUGUACUCUAAAAAUAUGUGGACAGUCCACAAAGGUUGAAAGUGUAGUUUCCUACAGAAACUAUGAAACAAAAACAAGGGAAGUUAAUUUGAUUUUAAUUCUAAUACACUAUAUAUUUAUCUUCUCCACAAGUUCUAUUGUAUGAUCUAUUCCUGUACCUGAGGAAGGACCAUUGUAUUAUCUGACAAUUAUUGUUCACUUUAGCACAACAUAUUGUUUGUAUUUAGCAUUUCACCUGUCUUUGCCAUUGUUUAAUAAUCGGUGCAAGCAUCUCAAUACAUCUGUUGCCUCCAUCUGUAAAUGCUGGGUACUUCUUUACGAAAAUAAUUUUAUAUUCAACUAGGCAUGUGUUAAUCAUGAUUUUUAUAUCGACAAGUUGCAUUGCAGUUUGUACCCUUUUAAAAUGUAGUAAAAUUUGUUGUCAAGUUUGAUUCAAAAAUUCACAUGCAAAUUUAACACUGCACAAAAUGUCAAAGUUGACAUAUAGCAUCAGCACGUAUCAAAUUAUUUUCUGAGAGAUGUGUGUCCCUUUUUUUGUGUACAUGAAAGCUGCUUUUAACAAGUAAUUGUGUUUGUAAGCAUUCCAGAAUGUCCAUAUUUUACAUUGUUACCACAGAAGUGAUACUGCAGAGUUUUUAAUAUAGUUUUAAGUCUGAAAGUGAUGUUUCUCUGUGAUGUUAAAAGUACAGUGUAUACAAAGCACUAUAAUUUUGCAAGUAUCAGUUACAUUUAACACCAUACUUUCUAUUUCUUUUCUUUUUAUCACAUUUGUGUAGUAGCAAAUGUAAUGUUGUAACUGAUAUUAAAGCUCUGUCUGUAGUAUAGUUUUUCAAUGUAAUAAAAACAUAAACAGUGUACAGAUUUUUUAAACCAUGCAUUCUGCAUAUCAUGUAUUUUUUCAUAAUAAAAAGAUAAAAUCAGUUUUUAAA